AUUUCCGCCAUCUAUGAAAGAAGGAACUUUAUAUCGGCGAGAAAAGAGCUCUGAAUGUCGUGCUUGUCUGUCUUUCCGCCUCCACCUUCAGAUGGAGAAAUAACGUUGUGUGAAUUUAAUGCAAGGCUAAUUUCUGAGAGUUCUGAAACUGCAGAUGUGUCAAAAUAUGUUCCAGCAACUCAGGUGAUGAGUGGUCAGACUUUUAUUGUAUCUGUAUGUUACAUUCCUUUUAUUUGCCCGUUGUGCUUCCUGUACAUUUCAUUGUGUUUCUUUUCAAAAUUUCAAUCUAUAACAGGGCCUUAAUUACCCCUCAAUCAAUAUAAACACAACAAGUGCUAAAAAUGGUGGGAAAAGCCUUUCGAAAUCAACUGAUCAAGAAUGGUGCCCAUUUGUACAAAAGGACGAAAGUGUUUAUAAAAAGCUGAUCAACACGUGGUGAGUGAUGCAAGAUAAUUUAUGUACAGACUCAACCAAUUUCCACAGGAGCUGGUCAAUUAGCCUGGCAAUUCCUCAGAGAUUGCGAUGGGAAACAGUGUCAUCACUGGUCAUUGUUAGAUGUGAUGUGACCUUGAUUGAAACUAACUAAUUUUCUGAAUACUGGCCAGGGGUAAGAUUUUGGUAAAACUGCCCACCGUAGGGGGUGGAGGGUGGAGGACUGCUGCUGUGAUGGGUAUGGAAUGGAAAAAAUAACUUAAUUGCAUCAGCUUAUUUAUCAUAAUCAGCUAGUUUACGUAGGUAAAAAAUUUGAACCUGAAAUCAAUGUUGACCUACAACAGAAACAUAGUGUAUUCCAUUGACAUAGCCGUAAUAGAGAGAACCUAAAAUAUCAAGAGACUUUAUUUGUGUUAAUCAUGCAUGUUCUUAAUUCCUAUGACUUAUAGGCGCUCUAAAGGUUUCUCAGAAAUGCUUCUUGAGGUCAAGAAAAGCAAAGAUGAAGGUAAGCUAAGAACCAGCAAAUUACCUGGCUUUUUCAGCCAUAAUUUCCCUGGGUGGUGAGACCUGUUUAUCUGGCAGCUCCCAUCUGGUGAGGACUCUGAGAUAUGAUUGCCACCUGUGAUGAUUAGUUGGUUUAUCAUUUUCCUUGCUUAAAUGGGUGCCUGCUGUUUCUGCAGGCUCUUACUGUAUCCAGCUGCGACUCAGGGCUGUCACUUAGAUUUCACGUUGCCAAGUAUAUGCAAUUAGUAGGUGAGAACUGAACAGCUAGGGAUUCUUUUGGUCUGUUUCUCCUUUGUUUCCUAUGUGUAUGAAGGUAGGGAGGGCUUGUGGCAGUGAUGCACAUGGUAGCUAGGGAAAAUCCCCUCCCUGCCAGCACAUCCAUCCAACACAUGGCUAUGAGCAUGCAUUUCAAGUAUCUAUCAUACUGAGUUGAUCAUUCCAAGAAAGAUGCUGGUUAUGGUUGAGUGGGAUCUGUAGAUAGGGUGGUAAAAACAUCUGAAAUUGAAACAAGUCCCUUAACCCUUUAAGUCCCAAUAGUGACUAACGUCAAUUUUCUCCUAAUGAUAUCCAUACCAUGUCAAAAGAUUAGGUUAUGAGAAUUAAUAAAAUGAUCACCUAAGAGAAAAUACUUUGAUCUUUUAUCAAAUUCUCUCAACUCAUUCUUUAAGGAAAUAUAUAGAGAUCAGUUUGGAGAAUUUGUAUGUGGAUAUUGAGGCUUAAAGGGUUAAUACUGCUAUUUUAUUCCAAUGUUUUCUCAAAGUUCCAUCAUGGUUGUGGCAUUUAAGUGGAGGCACAGAUGCUGUUCUCACAUGGUUUUCUUCACUUUAUGGAAGAUUAUUUCCCCAUUUAAAUGUAAGUGGUGUGUUCUUCUUUCAAUUUUCAGUUGUUUUUAUCUAUUAUCAUGCCAGAAGUUUUGUUUGUUCUUUAGUUCGGUUUUCGAUUCUGUUCAGAAUUAAUGAAAUAUUUACUUAACUGCAAUAUUAUUUCAUUAAUUUUAUCUUUCUUUGUUUUCAGAUGUCAAGAGAAGAAAUGAUUAGUGCCUUCUCUCUGGUGUCAUCUUGGUAAUUAUGACAAAAAAAAUUAGUUUCUUGGUUUUGCAGAAUGUGCAACCACCAGCAUUCAGAAUGGUGAAAAGUAAAAGAUCAAUGCCUUAAACUUUGUCAGCUCUUAGGCAAAGUAUCUAAGGAGCAAUAUGCUACACCAAGAAAACUCACAAACAGGCAAAAGAAAAAAAAGGGGCAUACCAGUACCUUAAAGUCCACAUGGUUUAUAUAUGAAAUUACAUCAUAAUUACGUUUUUAACAGCGAGUCUAAAAUACAGGUCACAUUUCUUAGGUCAGCUGAUAGAGAAACAGUAAUAAAAGUGUCUUUUGGCCUUAAUCAUGCACUCUAACGUGUAAAAUGUUACCCGUUCUUAACACCUGCCUUAUUUUUAAUAAUCCAAAUGUCCCUAUGUUGUGUGUAUUGUAUACUUUGUAGGGAAAACUCACCCAUAAGGGCUUUUGCUUGGCAUCCUCAUGUGGCCAAAUUUGUCAUAGCUUGGCAGGUAAUAUUAUUAGGGUCUUGUGUAGUUCAUAAUUAUCGUAACUGUAACAAAAUUCUUAAAUUUGAUUGGCUAUCACCUGUCCUGAUGUCAGCACUAAUAGGACAGUGUAACAGGACAGUACGUGCCACUGCAUGUGUGCGUAAAAAUGGCUUAUUUUCACUACUAGCAAAAAAACUCUGGAAUUUCUUGGGUUUUAAUCAGAAAAAGGACUAAAAUAUGACAAAUUUUGUUAUAGUUAUCAUUGGUAAGAAAACUUUGUGUUGUCCAGUUUGGUCUCUAAUCGUACUAGUGAUUAAACAAAUUGAACUCCCGCUAGGUGGACGUCCUAUUUUGUUAAUCACUUGUAUGAUUACAGACCGAAUUGGACUCCACUCAGUCCUUUUACCAUUAUUAAUCAGAGAUGUUCUGUAAUAAUGGUUUUAGAGAGAUAAGUGUUGAUCAAAAGGUUUUUUUUUUGGUGUUGAUCAAAUUUUGAUCAAGUGAACUGGAACUUGUUUUCAAGCCCUGAUAAUGUCUUUAUCAUUAAUAGAAAGUAGAUUAAGUAGACAAUUUUAAAUUGUUCCCUUUACGAUUAAAUCAGCCUUGUUAUAGUGGUGUUGCACUGUCAGUAUUCAAAGAGCACUGGUAGUUGCAAUUGGAUAAUAGUUGUAACAUAAUUUUUUUUUUCAGGAUGAUUCAGUCCAGGUGCAUACGUUAUCCAGGUAUGGAGUAAAAAUUAACGCUAAUAAAAAUAUUAUGAUGUUUUCUUGUUAUUAACAUACCUAGUAAUUUACAACCAUUACCAGCCUAACUAUGUAAGAUGUACUUUGACUAGACUAUUUUGUUUAAAUAAUCCAAUUAAAAAUUCUUGUGCCCAAAAUUUAAUUUGGUUAAAGGAGCAGGGUGCAAAGAAAGUGUGUUUUUUAAAGUAGCCCCCCCCCAAAAAAAAAAAAAAAUUUUGUUGAGCAUUAUUGAAUACUGACUUAUGUCUGUAAUUGGAAUUCCCCAAAAACUUCACUUGCCUGUCGGGGAAGUUAAGAGCAGAGUUCAAUAGGCCAGACUCGACUUUCUUUGUUCUCUGAAGAGGUUCGUAGAAAUAUGUACCACUUCUUAUGCGCAGUCAGACUUGAGGCAGGGCUUGAAACUUGAAAUUCCACCAUUUCUAACAAGCAGCUCUGUAAUGUGAUAUCCUUGAUUACCUCAACAGUGAUUUAAUUCCUUUACUAAAGCAUAAACAGCAAAAAGCAGUCAGCUGUGUUGCAUGGAGGUAAGCAUUGAAUGUUCAUCCCCACUUGACUUCUUAAAACUGGGAUUGUAAAAGUUUGCCUUUGACCAUUAGAUUCUUAUAGUUAUUGGAUUCUAGCUUUUGCAGUUCUUAUCGCCAUCCAGUUAGUUCAAUUGGAUAAGCGCCGGUCUGCCUAGAGGGAGGUUGCAGGUUCAAACCCCGACCAGACCAACACUCAGGGUCGUAAAAUAACUGCAGAGAAUGUGCUACCUUUGUUGUGACAUCUACAAAUGGUUAGGUCAUUCUAGUUUUCUUGGAUAAGGAUGAAAAAUCAUAGGCCCCUUCUCAGCUCUUUCACUGUACUGAUUCUUGUGGGAUGUAAAAGAACCCACACUGCUUUUCGUAAAGAGUAUGGGGCAUAGACUCCGAUGGUACAACCAUUCAUGGGCUGGGUGGGUUAUGGAGAGGUUGAUAUCAACAAUUAUUGUGACGGAAGUCCUGUUUCAUCCCCUGUCACUGUGUUGAGUACUGUGGCAAAUUACAAUAAAGAAAUUAUCUAUUACAAAGACCCUACAUUAUAAAAUUAUUAACUUACAGUAUGCAGUCAAACCUCUUGUAAGCAACGACCGAAAUGCAAAGACUUUUUGGUUGCAUACACACUGUACGAGAGGUGGUUACUGAUGAGAAUCAAACCACAGGAGUCUCUUUCAAGAAAAAGUCCUGAGACAUCUAUGGUUUCGGACAGUUGAUGGCUUAUGGGAGCUGGUCACUUAAAAGAGAUUGUCUUUUAAAUCUGUAUUUUAUUGAUGUUUAUCACAAAUUUUUGCAAGGAUUUUCAACACGUUAACUCUAUUACAUCAACUAUGCACAUUAGCAAUACUCAAGAGGGUCAAUAAAGGAACAGAAAAAAAUCAUUUCACAAUUCACAGACUAACACUACUCACUCUAGACAAUUUUAGCAAAUGUAAUAUUAUUAAGGUGUCAACGAAAACAGAAAUUAUAAAAUGUGACGUGUCAGAACAUAGUUAAUUGAGUGGAAUGGUUAUGAAACCCGUCAAACUCCUUUGUUAUAUGUUUUUGUGGACGUGAAAGUGCACAACGUUCAAAAGAAUUCCUAUCAUUUUGAUUGUAUUGACCAAUAAAAACGUUGCAUUAAUUUAUUCCGUAACAAUUUGCCAACAGAAAACAAAGGAUUGUGCACUUUCACGGUGUUUUGAACAUAAACUGCAGCACUGUUGUUUUUAUCAUUGAUGUUUGCCGCUUUUCAUAACCAGUCUCCUCUAAUAACUAUGGUCAGAAGAAUGGUUAAAUGGCUAUUUCUUAGAUUUCAAGAAGCAGAAUACACUUGUGUGAUCUGGCUGUAGCCUGAGAAAACAGUUGACAUUUGGCAAUGCUACCACUGGCUUCCCGCCAAAUGACAUCUGAGAAACGAGCUCAGAAAUUCCACACUGUAACGCAUCACUACCCAGAUCUGGGUUGUGCUUAAUUCUGAUUGGUUGUGCCACGUGGGAAAUUUGAUUCAACCAAUCAGAAGAACUACCCAGAUCUGGGUAGUGACACAUCAUCAUGGAAUUUCUGUGUGUGUUUGUCAGACUUCAUUUGAUGGGGAAACCAGUAGUACUUAAUAGCAUCACCAAAUGUCCGUUGUUUUCUCAGGCUAAUCUGGCUGUUGGGUUUAUUAUUUUGUACAUAUUUCUUCCACUUAGCAUCGUGAAAGGGGAAGAAGGAAAGGAGAAGAGGUUGACAACAUGGAGGUUCAACUGUAGUGCAUUAAUUAUUUUAAUAAUUAUUAAUAAAUAAUAUAUUAAAAUUAAAUGAAAGUUAAAAAAUUAUUCUCUUGUAAUUGCAGACCAUUAUCAGGGUCGGUGUUAGUGGUUGGAUGUGAUAAUGGUCUUUUUGUGUGGACUGUCGACCCUUCAUCACCAGUUGUCAGGUUAGUACCUGUUCAUGAGCUUGUCUGAUGUUUAUUUUAAUAAUUAUACAGUAAGGGCCAGUUGAUUGAACAGAGUUUAUAGCGAGUGUUUAUUAAAGAAAACUGUAUUCUAAGUCAUUCUCGGUUUGCUGUCAGUGCUUUGUAAACACCAUUUGUCGUGAACAGUUUCAUGAAAGCAUACAGUGUAGACUAGAAAAGCAUUUUCCUUCUUAUAAUAACUCACUAAGGAAGAGAUCUGGCGGUCCAUGGGUAGAUGUCUGAUAGUCUGGUGAGGCCAUGUGCUGAAGAUGAGUAUGGGAAACAAACUAGUAUUGUCUCAGGUGUAACCCGCUGAGCUUAUAAAUUGCAUCUAGCUGAGUGAAUGAAAAUAUUGACCAAUCAGUCAUAAAUUUUAAUUUCUUUUAUUCUGUCUUUGAUUUGUUUUCUUUCCACAGACUGGGCAGUAGUUCUGUUCGUCAUCUAACCUAUCCAGGCCACACACCAGUAACAGCUGUUUCUUGGAGUCCUAGUGGACAAUUUCUAGUGUCUGGGUCUCCAGCAGACAGUAACUUAAUGGUAGGUGCCUUAGAAUAUGAUCAAGAGGAUGACAAAAUGUACAUAUUGCCUGCAGUAUAAUUAGUUUUUUUGAAAAAAAGCAACUUGAUCUGAUGUUAGGUUGUCCUGUGCAAUCAUUAUUUUGUGUAGCACAAUUUUUAGAUGUCUGUGUGAAUUUUGUGGCAGCUGCUGGAUGGUUGCAAAGUUAAAAAACUGUUAACUCAUCCUUAUGGCAAGACAAGGGAGAGAGAAAAAAAUCUGAAGAAAUGAAAAAUUGAAGAGUAAGUUUUUCUAAUAUUUUGGUUUGCAACACAACCUUCAACUGAGGCUAAAAAAUGAAAAUGAAUACAAAUAUGUACAAGGUAAACAUUUACAUAAUUAUGUGAGAGUUGUAUGCAAACCAAACUCAGGCAAAUACACUUUACCAUUCUUUCUUUUUUUUUCUCUCUAACUCUUCUUUCCAUAAGGAUCAUUUCACAGUUUUUUAACUUGGCAUUCAAGAUUUUACUGAUCCAGGUCUACCUAAGAUCUGGCUACAGUCCUCACUGCUUUGUUGCCGUGGUUUUGCCUUUAUUGGUGCUUGAUGGUUUCCCUGUGUUAGAUUUAGAUGAUCUUGUUGCAGGGUGUUCCUGUGUAAACAUAUUAAAAUUACUUCUGCAAUUAUAUUGGUUGGGUUUUGGAAAUCACGAAGGUUGUUAUGUGUUCCCCCCUCAUUGUAUUGCAUCCAUGACAAACGUUUAUUACUUGAUAUUUACAUAACAGUACUUGUUAUUUGUUUCUGAUGUACAGGUAUGGGACAUCUCCUUGGAGUCUGCUACACCUUUAUACAGAGCAGGGGGUGGAGUCACAUUAACUACGUGGUCACCGGAUGAGAGGAAUCUGUUUGCUGCAACACCUACCAGCUUGUUCAGGUGGGACAAUUUUCAUAUUGUGAAAUUUAACUAUAUAUAUAAUAAUGAAGUUGUGGACUCUUAUUAAAAGCCUUCAAACAAAGGUCAAAGAGAGAGCCAAAAAGAGUGUCUGGCAAGGUUUCCAAUAUAAAUCAAAGAUUUGUGAACUCGUGUCUGGCAAACUCUCCAAGUAUUUAUAUAUUCACAGUUAAACGCACCUCAUAACCUCAUCUGCGCUUAAUGAGUGUCUUUUGGUCCAUAACUUUCAAAACAAUUGUUCCACAGAAUGUCACUGCAUAACGCAAAAGAGUAUCAAAGUAUAACUGCACAAUAAAUGUCACAAAAUCUACCUGAGCGGUCCCUUCAGGAUUUUCUGUCUUUAUGUCAUCCUAACCAUUUCGUACUUGCAGGCACAAACAAUAGCAACAUCGUCAUUACCUACUGAUUCCUCGCGGCCCCUGUUCAAGCAAAUCGAGAUUUUUCUAUAUUGACUGUAUGACUGUAUAUACUUUCCUUAAUAUACGCGCAAGUUACUAGAGUGCCUCCUGGGGAUUUCGCCUUCUGGGCGAAAUCCCUGGGGCAAUGAUAUUGAUAACACUUAUAUAGCACUGAUAUCGAUAUUUGCUAUUUACAUCAGCGCUUAAUACUGAUAUAUAGAUGAUCCAAGCUUAAAAAAAGUUUUAUAAUUUAAUUAACAGGGUUUGGGAGACUCAGACAUGGACCUGUGAUAAAUGGUCAAACUUGGCUGGGACGUGCCAGGUAUUAAACUGUUAUUGAUUUCUGAGCAAGAAAGGUCAGGUGAUUAUAGGUUAAAAUAACUAGGUUGACUUAAAUCAUCAAAUAUGCCAGCUGUGAGUACUAUAACCUGUCUCAUAGGAGCCGGAUAACCCUUUAAGCCCCAAUAUACACAUUCAAAUUCUCCAAACUGGUCUCUGUUCAUCUCCAUAAAGAAUAAGUUGAGAGAAUUUGAUAAAAGAUCAAAGCAUUUUCCCUCAGGUGAUUAUUGUAUUUAUUCUGACAACCUAUUCUCUUGAUCAUGUAUUGAGAUUGUCAGGAGCAAAUUGAUGUUUGUCACUCUAGGAUCUUAAAGGGAUAAAGGGAAAACACCUCUUGCUGUACCAUGGCACAAGCAGCUUUGGUGUCCUAAGGACGGUAAUAAAAAUCAAAAAUCAUAAAACUGGUCUUUGAGGCCUUAUCUCUUUCAUAAUACAGUAAAAAAACAAAGGCUCGCUAGGUAACUUCACCUUUAGUCAUGGAACCUGAAAAAGAUUUGGGAUUUUAAGGGAGGGUGGAAAGCAGGUGGAUUUGGAAAAUUGUGCAUACCUCUGAAAAAUCUUGGCUGUGGUUACUAUAAACUGCCUUAUGAGGGAAAGAGGGAAAAGUGUGAUACAGUACCCUGCUGAAGCAGUUGUUGUGUCCUUACCCCUCAUGAUGGUACAUUUUACUGCAGGCAGCAUGUUGGAGUCCUGAUGGAAAGGUUCUUGUGUUUUCUGUGGCUAAUGAUGCAGCUCUUUAUUCUCUUCAGUUUCAAGAUGUUGGUAGGUUCAUACUUUUAUAAACAUAUUUUGACUUGAUGUACCCGCAGAUCUUUGUAUAGUGUUGUCAUGUGAGAGAGAAGUACUCAGCCCUGCUUCAAAAACCCCUCUGAAGUUACAUUGUGGGUUAUUCGACUAAGCAGGGUUAUUGGCUUGGGGUCGAGGUGGCUUAAUAUUGGCCAAGUUCUUUUUUUCGCUUAUUCAUGGACCUCAAGACAAAGUCGAGGUCAAUUAAAAUGCUGAAAAGGAACAAGGCCAAUAUCCAGCCAUUUUGAAUGAACAAGCUUGGUCAAUGAAGCAUUAUUAUUUCAAAAGGAGAACUUUUUCUUGAGGGACCAACUCAGGAAAGAUAGGUCCAUCUAGCCUGCUUGGGUAGCUCGCUGGGGGAGCAAAUCUGAAAACAUUAUUUGCUUCGAUCUUCUUGUUUGCUCACAGGUUCAGCCAUAUGUCAGAAGAAAGUAUUGAAGAGAUGCCCGAAAUAAAGCCCCAAGAGUAAUCUGAUAGACUGUUAGAGUCUCUUUCAAUUUGCCCUGUAAAAUGUGGGAAGUGGGAAUUUCAUAGUGCAUCAGGAGUAGUAGUUAUUGCACAUACCCAAGGCUUCUGCAACCAACACCUGGGCUUGAAUUUAGGCACCAGUAAAUUGUAAAAUAUCCAAAAUAUGUUUACUGACUCACAUCUGACAAGCUGGGAAGUUGCAACGUAGUGAAAAUGUAACAAUUUAAUCUGGCUGACUGAAAAGCAUUUUGAAAUAAUGUUAUGAUUUCAGGUGACAAGGAAAACACUUCUUCAAUGGCAAAGGGUGCAAGAUUAGCUGUGAGAUGCACUGAUUUGACACCUCACACCUGGGAAAUAGAUGAUGAGUCGGUGACAACUGGAGGGUUUGUUCGCUCCAUGGCUUGGGAUCCUUUAGGCGAAAGACUGGCAGUUAUUUUUAAAGGUAAACAUGCUAUGUGGAAGUGUGUAAAGUCAUACAGGGUUUUGAAAUCUCGAAAACAGUACUUUCAAGUCUUAAAAAAGUCUGGAAUAAGAUUAGUCUGGAAAAUGGUAAAACGUCAGGAGGUUUCAAAACUACAAGUGCUUCACUGAUUAAAAGUGAUUUUUUCCCCCGGCCAGUAGUCAAAUCUUUCACAACUAAAUUUAAAAUAUGCUAUCUAAUCACAGAAUGAGGAGUUUCCUAACUCCUCUAGGUCUGCACUGCACUGUGGUUACUGCAUUAUUUUUACUACUAUGUGCAUCAUGCCAGAAAAGCAUGGUUCUUGCUAACCAUCAAAGAUGAGGGGAAAGAGGGAAUUCAGGUGCACUAAAGUGGGAGGGGUGUGCAAGAAGGGGGAAAAAUCGGUCCCAUUUCCCUUCCCCUUUUAAUGCUGGCCACAAAGGCGAGGUUCCUGUGGUUCCUGCCUUCUAGGUCUUUAACAUCUGGAAAGUUGAACUCAAGUCAAGUGAAACCCAAGGACCCUUCCGCUCUCUGCAUGUAGUCCUACCCCUGGCUAAAGUAUCGCAGUUUCCAAUAAACUUAGCUGCACUUUGUAAAACUUUUUUUUGAUACUACAUGAUUUCCACAGGUGAGGACAAACCAGCUCAAGAACUUGUUGCCCUAUUUAAAACAAGACUGGAACCAACAUUUGAAAUCAUGCCCAGGUAAUAAAAAUAUUAUAAUGGCAUGAUUUAUUUUCAAGUUGUCAGCAUUUCUGAGCACAUUUUUAGCUCUUGCUCUUUGCUUGGCAAGUGCACAUAAUCAUAUUAUUGUUUUUUUUUUGCUUUCAAACCUGCAGUGGCUUUGUAAGGGGACCUCCAAAUACAAGUCCACAGCUGGUCACUUUCCAGCAAGACUUCAAAAAAGGAGCACUUCUUACUAUUGUAAGUAUGGCUUAUCAACGUGGAAAAAUAAUGGUUACAAUAAAAAUAUUAAAAGCAUUUGCAGUCAUGAUGUGAAUUUCAUUAAUUCUUUGAGUUGUAAAUACCUCAGUUCACUGAUCAGAACUUUACAAUUCCUUCUGUUUUGAUUUCAGUUAUAGUCCAUUAUAUUUUUCAUGUCGAUGUUAUUCUUCUACAAAUACCAGAAUUCAUUCACAUUUAUUAUUUAAAUUUAUCAAUCAUACUAAGGUUUAAACUACAACAGCCAUAAUUUGCGGAAGAAAACAAGAGACUGAAGGUUUAUGGUAGGCUCAAUUACCAGCCAUUGUUCGGGAAAAUGAGCCCACACUCAUCAAAGACCAGACCCAGGAGACGGCAGAAAUUAAUUAGGUUUAUGGUUACCGUAGUUUUGACCUAUUAAAGUAGAAUAGCUUAUGAUUUUUAAAGUGUUGAAGAGAAACACUGUUUAUUUCUUUUUCAGUGUUGGUCAAAUGGCAGCAUAUCUUUCAUUCCUCUACUAUUUUCUCCAUCCGCACUGAUUUCCUCUCAUAAUCAGUUUGAAAAUGGAACAUUAACAAGUCCUGUGGUAUUAUAAUGAAUUCUUUACGUCAAAGAAAAAAGUCUGUGAAAACUUGUA